AUGGUGGGUUAUGACGAGGAAGAAUCACAACCUCUAAUGGCCGGCCACGACGAAGUCGACAUCGAAGUCAGGCCCGUUAGUGGCACCGACAGCGAGAGCGAGAGAGACCAACAACGAGAACGAGGCACGCGACCAACUGAUGCAGGCCAUCCGGACGCACCGCUCGAGACACAGUCGAACCUAGAGAUCGACGACAACGAUCCCCCUACGCCGCGCUUCAUACAAGACGAGGGAUCAUGGAAGCGCUGGAGAUGGGUACCGUACCCCGUCCGUCGAGUUUGGAAAAAGGUCACCAAGUGGUCUCGCGGCCCUACGAGUCCCCAACCUCAUCGCAUUAAGCCUUUCUUCCCGAUUGUCCAAGAGUACCCUCUCUGGCUCGUCGAACGAUUCAUCCCCAAGUUCAAGCACCGCGCCUGGCUUGUCUUUUUCUAUCUCUCCAUAUGGGUCGUCACAUUUGCGCUUGUCAAGCGCAAGGACACCAUCGCCAGCGAGAUUGAGGGUUGGGGCAGGCCUCAGACUAUCGGCUGCGGCGUCACAUACUGGGGAGCAGGAAACCUGUGCGGCAUUGAUGGAAGCGACUGCCGCCCCUUUAACGGCACUGGGUUUCCGUUCAAGUGUACCGCCAAUUGCGAGGCCUAUCACGUUCUGAACCCCAGAGCUGUGGGAGAUCAAGAGGUCAUCUAUCGAUCCAUGGUCGUGGGAGGUCCUUCGACAAACGGAGAUGACGAUGCCGUCUACCGCGGAGACUCGUUUGUCUGUGGAGCUGCCAUCCACGCCGGUGUCAUCUCCAACGCGAGAGGAGGCUGUGGCGUGGUCGAGCUGGUCGGUCGCGAUAAGAACUAUGUCUCCUCGAAUCGCAACGGGAUUAAAAGCGUAGGUUUUGACUCUUACUUUCCGCUUUCCUUCCGCUUCACUCAAGGCAUUGAAUGUUCCGCGGCCGACAUGCGAUGGGCUCUGCUGGCUAUCUCGGCCGUCUUUACUGGUCUCCUUUCGCUCUUCACCAACUCGCCGGCUUUGUUCUACUUCCCAACGUUCAUCGGUGUUUUCUGGACAGUCGGCAUGGCGUCGAACCCGCCCCCAUAUUCGAGAGUGCCAGCUCUCUUCUCCAACCUGAUCGGCAAGUUCCUGCCCGCCAUGUUUUGCGCCUGGGUCAUGUACGACAAGAUGGGCAUCCGACGGACUCUGCGUGGUCUUACAGCCCAGGUCGAAAAGACGAUUCUUUGGUUGGGCGCCUGCUGGGUGGGUGCCAUGGAGAACUACACGCUCAGCUUCAUUCCUAUCCAGAGGCUCAACAAGCACGAUCUCGACCAGCAGCCGGGCGCUAGGGCCGCCUUGGCCAUGAUCAUCCUCCUAUUGAUCGUCAUCAUCUCGAUGCAGGUGUGGUUCUUUAGACAAGAAGGACGCCUCAUCAAGUAUUUGAAGCUCUACAUACUGUUUGUGGGUUCUAUUCUCAUUUCGCUUGUCAUCCCAAAGCUCAGCUUACGACUUCACCAUUACAUCCUUGCUCUCCUGCUAUUACCGGGGACAAGUAUGCAAACACGACCAUCAUUACUGUUCCAGGGGCUUCUUGUUGGCCUCUUCAUCGCCGGCAUCGCGCGAUGGGGCUUUGAUCCGGUGCUGCAGACGUCGGAGGAGCUGCAGGGCGACGCGCAAAAGGGCACCCGUCUCCCUGUGAUCCCCACGCCGGUCAUCGACCUUGCCAACAGCACUGAUACCUUGUCGACCAUCACCUUCAAGUGGGAGGAGCCACCAGACCAGAUGUUUGACGGCAUCAGUAUCUUGGUCAAUGACGUGGAACGGUUCCGGUCGUACUUUGGCGACGAAGACCAGGAGCGUAGCUUCGUCUGGAAGAGGAACAACACCCUGGAUCUGCCAGAGUACUUUAGGUUUGCAUACAUGGAUGGCAGCGACAGCGGAGACUAUACCAAGGCCGGCACCUGGACGGCAGAUGGCGAGUGGCAGAAGAUGAGGCCGGGUCCGUCACGGGUCAAGGCUCGAAGUCUGGAAAGAGACCUGCUGGUCCGGCGUUGA